CAUCCUGCGGGCCCGGCCCUCCCUGCGCCCGCGCAGUCCUCCCCGCAGUCGGCCGCAGCCGCAGGACGGAGCGUGGACCCAGAGGAGAGCCCGGAGGAGAGCCCGGAGGAGAGCCUGGAGGAGGCUGCAAACUUGGCCGUGCAGCACCCUCGCAGCCCCGGCCGCCUGCAGGUAGUCCCUCCACCAGCCCGAGCAUGGCCUCCCUGUUCCUGCCCCUGCUGGCAGCCCUGGCCCUGGCCCGGGGCCCUGUGGCCUUAGCUGAUGCCCUGGAAGGGGACAGCUCAGAAGACCGGGCCUUCCACGUGCGCAUCGCAGGUGACGCACCACUGCAGGGCGUGCUGGGCGGCGCCCUCACCAUCCCUUGCCACGUUCACUACCUACGGCCACUGCCGGGCCACCGGGCCGUGCUGGGCUCCCCGCGGGUCAAGUGGACCUUCCUGUCUGGGGGCCGUGAGGCCGAAGUACUGGUGGCUCGGGGGCUGCGCGUCAAGGUGAGCGAGGCCUACCGUUUCCGUGUGGCACUGCCUGCCUACCCGGCAUCACUCACCGACGUGUCCCUGGUGCUGAGUGAGCUUCGGCCCAAUGACUCUGGCAUCUACCGCUGCGAGGUCCAGCAUGGCAUAGAUGACAGCAGCGAUGCCGUGGAGGUCAAGGUCAAAGGGGUCGUCUUUCUCUACCGGGAAGGCUCUGCCCGCUAUGCUUUCUCUUUCGCUGGGGCCCAGAAGGCCUGUGCCCGCAUUGGAGCCCGCAUUGCCACCCCGGAGCAGCUCUAUGCCGCCUACCUCGGGGGCUAUGAACAGUGUGAUGCUGGCUGGCUAUCUGACCAGACCGUGAGGUAUCCCAUCCAGACACCACGAGAGGCCUGUUACGGAGACAUGGAUGGUUUCCCUGGGGUCCGGAACUAUGGAGUGGUGGACCCAGAUGACCUCUAUGAUGUCUACUGCUAUGCUGAAGACCUAAAUGGAGAGCUGUUCCUGGGUGCCCCCCCAGACAAGCUGACGUUGGAGGAGGCACGGGCGUACUGCCGGGAACGGGGUGCAGAGAUUGCCACCACGGGCCAGCUCUAUGCAGCCUGGGACGGGGGCCUGGACCGCUGCAGCCCGGGCUGGCUGGCCGAUGGCAGUGUGCGCUAUCCCAUUGUCACACCCAGCCAGCGCUGCGGUGGGGGCCUGCCUGGUGUCAAGACACUCUUCCUCUUCCCCAACCAGACCGGCUUUCCCAACAAGCACAGCCGCUUCAACGUGUACUGCUUCCGAGACUCUGCCCAGCCCUCCGCCAUGCCUGAGGCCUCUGACCCAGCGUCUGACCCAGCCUCUGAUGGGCUGGAGGCCAUUGUCACAGUGACAGAGACCCUGGAGGAGCUGCGGCUGGCUCAGGAAGCUGUGGAGAGCGAGUCCCGGGGAGCCAUCUACUCCAUCCCCAUCGUGGAGGACGGAGGUGGUAGAAGCUCCACUCCAGAAGACCCCGCAGAGGCCCCCAAGACCCUCCUCGAAUUCGAAACGCAAUCCAUUGUGCCUCCCCUGGGGUCCUCCGAAGAGGAAGACAAGGCUUUGGAGGAAGAAGAGAAAUAUACGGAUGAAGAAGAGAAAGAAGAGGAGGAGGUGGAAGAUGAGGCCCUAUGGGCCUGGUCCAGCGAGCCCAGCAGCCCAGACCCACAGACCCCUCUGCCCACUGAGCCAGCCUUAGAGGAAUUACUCUUCCCUGCCUCUCCACCAGCAGCGAGUGCAGUCCUACAGCCUAGGCCAUCACCACCUUCCGACGGAGAGCCAGAGGCUCCCAGGCCUCCAAGGGUCCUUGGGCCACCCACUGAGACUCUAUCCACUCCCAGGAAUGGGCAGCUGGCAUCCCCACCACCUUCAGCUACGGCUGGGGAGAGAGAGGUGGGGGAGGAGGCUGGUGGUCCUGAGCUGACUGGGGUCCCUCGAGGAGAGAGUGAGGAGACAGGGAGCUCUGAGGAUAGCCCCGCCCUGCUUCCAGCCACACGGGCCCCUGAGAGUGCCAGGGAAUCGGAGGCCCCCUCUGAAGAGAAUUCUGGAAGAACUGUCCCAGCAGGGACCUCAGUGCAGGUUCAGCCAGUGCUGCCCACUGACAGCGCCAGCCAAGGUGGAGUGGCCGUGGCCCCCUCAUCAGGUGACUGUGUCCCCAGCCCCUGCCACAAUGGUGGGACAUGCUUGGAGGAGGAGGAGGGGGUCCGCUGCCUGUGUUUGCCUGGCUAUGGGGGGGACCUGUGUGAUGUUGGCCUCCACUUCUGCAGCCCUGGCUGGGACGCCUUCCAGGGGGCUUGCUACAAGCACUUCUCUACCCGGAGGAGCUGGGAGGAGGCAGAGACCCAGUGCCGGAUGUACGGCUCGCACCUGGCCAGCAUCAGCACGCCGGAGGAACAGGACUUCAUCAACAGUCGGUACCGCGAGUACCAGUGGAUCGGGCUUAACGACCGGACAAUCGAAGGCGACUUCUUGUGGUCAGAUGGCGUCCCCCUGCUCUAUGAGAACUGGAACCCUGGGCAGCCUGACAGCUACUUCUUGUCUGGAGAGAACUGCGUGGUCAUGGUGUGGCACGAUCAGGGACAGUGGAGUGAUGUACCCUGCAACUACCACCUGUCCUACACCUGCAAGAUGGGGCUGGUGUCCUGUGGGCCUCCACCAGAGCUGCCCCUGGCUCGAGUGUUUGGUCGCCCACGGCUGCGUUAUGAAGUAGACACGGUGCUUCGCUACCGGUGCCGGGAGGGGCUGAUGCAGCGCAACCUGCCACUAAUCCGCUGCCAGGAGAAUGGUCACUGGGAGCCACCCCAGAUCUCCUGUGUGCCCCGCAGGCCUGCUCGGGCUCUGCACCCAAUGAAGGCCUCAGGAGAACAACAGGGGAGGCUACUGGGACGCUGGCAGGCACCAUGGAUGCCUCCUUCCAGGCCCUCUCUUGGUCCUCAAGGAGCAAGGCCUUGAACAACUGCUGCCCCCAGCACUGCCCUCUCUCCCACCCUCUUCCCAUCACAGGAAGUGACCACGUGAGGGGUGGAGCUGGAGUCCAGGUGGCUGUGCCUGGGGGGGUCUGCAGGCAGUGCCUGGGCAGCUCCACCCUAGACUAGACCCUCUGGCCCCUACCCUGGGCAUCAGAACCCCUUCGGCAGUGGGGGGGAGCUCAAGGGAGUCCCAAAGUGCCUCAACUUCCCCUCUCCUUGCCAGCCAGCCUGUCCCCUCCUGUCCACUCCAUCCCUCUGGGAACACCUGGCCCCCUUACACUCAGAUUUCCCAGGAAAUGGGUCUGCAGGAUGGAGAACCAGUAAAACCAGCCUGAAAUAAAGCUGCAUUUGAGCAACUGCAA